AUGGAAUAUUCAAAAAAUCAACUUGGCUAUCUCUAUUUUGAAUAUUCUGAUGUUUGUGCUUAUACUUGGAGACACCCCUUAAUAGAUAAGGUAGAUAAAUUAUACCACAAAAACCCUGGAAUUCUCAAACUAAACAUUGUUGACUUGUCUCCAGCAAGUUGGAUGGCUAUUACUUGGUCCCCAAUUGGCUAUAUACCGUUGAUUGGGUUGAGAAAAAAACCGCCAACAUAUUUCAUUACCUAUCAUACCAUAUCAUCAUUAUUUCAAGAGAACACAAACGAUGAUACAAAUGAAGGUGUUUCAAUGCUAAAGAAGAAAAAUGGAGGAAUUCCUAUUCCACCAUUUGGGAUAGCAUCUUACAAGAUGCAAUAUGAUGUUUGGAUGAACAAAGCUCAAGCUAAUACUAUAUAUGAUGAUCUUCAUGGUGCUGCAAAUUGUUGGUUAAAUCAACUUAAUUAUUAUCAUCAUGAUUUCAAUGUUUUCACCUCAAAUGACAGAAAUCUAGACUAUAUUUACUUAUUUUGA